UUUAUUUUGGCACUGCCUAUGUGGCUCUCACCCGUGAGUUUGCUAACUUUGUCCUCAAAGAUCAGCGUUCACUGAACUUACUCUCCUGGUCCAAGGACACUUACAGUCCUGACGAGCAUUUCUGGGUGACACUUAAUAGGAUUCCCGGAGUUCCUGGUGCCAUGCCAAAUGCCUCCUGGACGGGCAACCUCAGAGCUAUCAAGUGGAAUGACAUGGAAGCUAUGCACGGAGGCUGCCAUGACAUGGACUCCUGUGGCUGACUUCACUCACCAUGCCCACACUGCCUCCUUGUCAGCAGUGGCAGCCAACAAUCGCUUUGUGGUCACCGGGAGCAAAGAUGAAACAAUUCACAUCUAUGACUUGAAAAAAAAGAUAGAGCAUGGGGCUCUGCUGCACCACAGUGGCACUGUAACUUGCCUAAAAUUCUAUGGCACUCGACACUUAAUUAGUGGUGCAGAAGACGGACUCAUCUGUGUCUGGGACGCAAAGAAAUGGGAAUGCCUGAAAUCCAUUAAAGCUCACAAAGGACAUGUGACUUUCCUUUCUAUCCACCCGUCCGGCAAGUUGGCCCUGUCUGUUGGUACUGAUAAGACAUUAAGAACAUGGAAUCUUGUAGAGGGAAGAUCCGCUUUCAUAAAAAAUAUAAAACAAAAUGCUCACAUAGUGGAGUGGUCCCCAAGUGGAGAGAAGUACAUAGUAGUUGUACUGAAUAAAGUGGAUGUCUAUCAGCUGGACACGGCGUCCGUGAGCGGCACCAUCACAAAUGGAAAGAGAAUCUCAUCGGUCACGUUUCUUUCAGACUCUGUCCUUGCAGUAGCUGGAGAUGAAGAAGUUGUAAGGUUUUUUGACUGUGAUUCCCUAGAGUGCCUCUGUGAAUUUAAAGCUCAUGAAAACAGGGUAAAAGACAUACUCAGUUUUGAAAUUCCAGGACACCAUGUUCUUGUCACAGCAUCAAAUGAUGGUUUCAUCAAAAUGUGGACGCUUAAGCAGGAUAAGAAAGAUCCCCCAUCUUUGCUCUGUGAGGUGGACACUGGUGCCAGGCUGACGUGUCUUGGAGUGUGGUUAGACAGAGCAACAGAUGGAAAAGGGAAUCUUCCUCCAGCAACAGAGCCUUGCCCUGUAAAUAAAGAACAACCCAAAAAGAUCAAAAAGGAAUCUGGUGAUAAGAAUCAGGAAGAAGAAAUAUCAGGACCUAACUCAAAGAAGUCUGGUUUAACCGGUGACAGCAAGAAGCCAACAAAAGGAAAUAGCCCAGUGUCAGCCAAGAAGAGGAAAAUGACAGACGUGUUGGAAAAGAAGAGAAAAAAGAAAAUAUAACUUACAUGGCAAAUCUCAGACAUCUUCUCCCCAAGAGAAUGUCUUCUUGACAAAUUCUCCUUUUCAGAUAUCACUCCUAACUUUUCCCAUGUGAGACACAAAAUGAUUUUCUCCUUCUGGAGAAAACGUGUAGCCUAAAACUGAGCCACUUUUAUGUGGUGCUUUGUUUUGUUAAAUAGUAAAAUUAUUUUUGGCAGAUGGCAUUUUAUUAUAUAUUGUCAUAUGUAGUCAUUGUAAUGUACACUUUUUACUGUUCAAAGCAAGUAAAGAUGUAAAACUACUGUA